CCAGCCUUAAAAUUUAAUUUCAAUUUGAUCAACAGGAAAAAUUUAUUCAAAAAUUCAUAAAAUUUUUAAUUCUAUUUGGCAAGAAAUAAGAAAUCUUAUCGUAAAUUUCCUAAAUAAUAAUAUGAAUGACCACGUAAGACAACAAAAUUACCGACAACAUCGUUUGCGUGUGCAAAAAGCCACCAGUUUGGUAAAUAGUCAAGCUCCCAAACCAAAACCAACAGAUGCAGAGUUAAGAGAUCUCACAUUCAUUGAAAUGAUGAAAAUGCUCACAAUGCAAACAAAACAAACAACGGAUACCAAAUCAUCGCCAAAACAAGUAACAAAUAAUAAAACUAUGACUGUGGAAUCAGACAAAUAUCCUCUGCAAGAAACAAAAUUCAACUCACAUAAAACUACAAUGCAUUUCUCUAUACCCUUUCAUGUAUGGCAACGUUAUGAUCAUUUGAAUUUUAGUAAAAAUUCUGAAUUAUUGCUAAAACUUUUAAGACCCAAUAUAUUUUUGGAUUUGGUUACCAAUGGCCAGCUACCCUUAGGACGUUUGGUCAUACAACUAUUCACUGAGGCCUGUCCCGAAGUAGUGCUGCAAUUUGUACGCACCUGCCUGCACAAGCAAAAUAAUCGUUUCCUUAUCACCCGCCUAUUGCAUCCCCUUUGGCUGGAGGCAGAACUAUUGUUUGAUGACAAAAAUGCCCUGACCUCCAACAACAUUGAACAUGAUCCGAUGGCCAUUAAUCAUGGCACUUCCUCGGGUAUACUUUCAUUUCCCAGCCGUUACUUGCGUGGCAGUAAAUUGCGUUUCAUCACGUUUACGGUGAGUUUUACACCCAUCGAUGUUUUGAAUGGCAAACGAAUUGCUUUCGGCAUAAUCAGAUGUGGCCAAAGUGUGUUGGAACGUUUGCAGAGCUUUGAGGUGACACGCAGUGGUAAACCAUGCAAAAAUGUUGCUGUAUCAGCAUGUGGUGUUUUGUAGUGAUGGAGGAAUUAAUGGCAAUGACAGUGUCAAUGUUAUUUGUUGUAUAAUAUUUUAUGUCAGAGAUGAGUAUUUGGAAAUAAAUGUUGAAAAUUUUUAUA